AUGGCUAUUAUAUUUGGAUACGAAAUUGAUGUGGAUGGUAGUGGCGCUCGAGUUGUUCCUCCUCCACUUUUGGGCCAGACAAUCACAGUUUCCAGUACAGAAAACACCAAUCGAUGGGUAUUUUAUGGCACACGACCAGAUAUAAUGGACUGGAUGUCGCACCACGGCAAUAUAAAGCUGGAGAACUCGCUAUUUGCAACAGGUCGGCCUGUAACAUUCCGCACACAUACAGAGAUUGUGAUUGAUUUACUGGCUUACAGUGAUCCGGAGCAAUCCACAUUUGACUAUCUCAAGUCCUUUGUAGCGACUGAUUUCGAGCAUGAGAAGGUCAAGGUGGAGAUUCGACCCAGAGUAGAGAGUAAGGAUCAGAUGAUACCGACAUUGGGUCGGGUGAUUGUGGCCAGCGGGGUCUACCUUGGUGAUGUGUUGGACGAAUUGAAGCAAGCAUGGUAUACGGAUCGUACCUUUAUUGAGAAAGCAAAGGAUCUUUUGAAUGACGCACCUGGUCCUGUUCACAUAGCUAGCACAGACGCCCCAAUGAAUGUCCAAGUGAAUCCUCAAUAA